AUGACCAGUGAAAAUGAGGCAAAGACUGUGUUAUACAAAAAAACUGCCGAGUACUUUGAUAGAGGAGUUCAGAGGAAUUUAGAAGUGGAUGCGCCAGAGCCAUUGAAGCCAGUAGUGCCACUGAAGCCAUUAUUAUCAAGAGAAGAAAUCUCCAAAAUCAAAUCGCAGAGUUCCACUGAACACGACCAGAAAAACGUUCUUCGGGUAAUUGUAAGUGACUUUGCUGGACAGUCAAUCUAUUACGGUACCCAUGGCUGCUUUGUGAAACCGCAUUGCCCUUAUGUUUUGGUUCACGACCUUUCUCUGGAGUUUGAUAAACCCGCCGUUCCCAGGUUUAAAGACAGAGCUGAAAAGAAAGAGAUCGAGAUGAACAAUCCUCAUCUUAAUACCAAUUUAGAUAAUUUUACAUCAUGGUUGAAGUUUCUGCAAGGUUUAGGAGAAUACCAAGAUCAGCAGUUCCCUGAUGGAACUGGUCACUGUACUACUGCAGACGGUCGUAAUUUUAAACGCCCACCGGUAUUAAUAGCCUUAACUCACAGUGAUAAGGUGAAAAGCAACGACCCCAAAAUACUUAGCGUACAGAAGAGAAUGGAAAAUGUCGUGUCUGCAAAUGACUAUAAGAAUGUCAUUCUCGGGGUUUUCCUGAUCGACAACACAUUGGAAGGCGACGACGGAGACGACGUGCGAAAGCUUCGUAGAGAGCUUUUUGACUACUCAAAUGCAGUCCUUAACCACGAGAUUUUAAUGCCUAUGAAGUGGCUAAAUUUUGAAGUUGCUCUAAGCCAGAAGCUAUCACCAGAUUGCAAGUAUAUCCCAGUUGACGAAGCUAAAGGGGAAGCGAAGGCCUGUGGCGUUGGGGAGUUUGAUCAAGCUAUCAAAUUUCUUCACCGUCAAGGUGUGGUCGUACACCACAGUGGAUCCAGCAAGGUUGUAUUGGAUCCUUGCUGGCUAAUGAAUCGCUUCACGAAUGUGAUCUCCAUGCCUGGUCAAUUGGAUGCCUUGUCCAGGCACGCUCUUGAUGUGUUCGAGCAGAAAGGCAUUUUGUUUCGAGAAUAUCUUCAGACGCUGGAAGACGCAGAACUUUUAGAGGAGCUCAUGCAAAAGUUCAAUUUGAUUUGUCCUUGCCAGCACGAGGGAAAGGCAGCUUUUUAUGUCCCUUCAGUUGCCCCAGCUAUGAAACCUGGAAAAGAGUUGGAAGAUAGCAAUGUUCCAACACUGUUUGUGACAUUUCCUCGCAAACUUGUCCCGAUAGGCCUGUUUACGAAGCUUCAAGUGAGGUUAAUUUCCGAGUGUGAAAAGCGCUUUCCCCAUCACAAAGCCACGCCUUCUUUCUACUGCAACUACUCCUCGCUUCUGUUUAUUAUGGACGGCGACGUGUAUGAUGUUCAUUUAAUCGACCUCCACGAGUUCAUUAAGGUUGCCAUUUUUCCAAAACUGGAUGGCAACCAUUUCAAGUUUGCCAGUCAUCUUUUGGCCACCUUGAAAAAGUGCUUGGACGAUCUUAAAUCUCCAGACCAACUGUUAUUCAGCAUGACCAGCUAUGACCUCGAAGUGAAAUGUACCUGCUGCUUUGGUAAAGAAGGAGAAUGUUCUCGUCAUCAUAAGGACCCGUGUCAUUCAGACCGUUGUGGGAACCGCCACUUCUGGAAGCUUAGUUACCUUCAGGAAUUCUACAACGAUCCAUCCUUUGUAGUUUGCCGGUUGAACAACUCGUCCAUGAAGUUUGAGAUAAAGAGUGUAAAAAUUUGGCUCAAUACUGGUAAGUGGCUAAUGCUAAAGGUGUUUUUACUUUGCCGGUUUUCAAAUUGUUAGUUGACAAUUCUUACAUCAUAUUUAACAAUUAGAUAAGUUGUCUAAUUAUUAAAUAUAAGUUGUAUAAUUUAUUUUAGUAUUAUGGUGAUAUCUCCUUUGUUAAUCAGGCUCAGUUGCUGGAAUCUGAUUAGUUGAUAUAAUUUCAGUGCGAUUGAAAUUAUCGCCCAUUGCGAUUGAAUGGAAUUUGAGCAUUAAUUGCGUUGUUUUGUAAUUGUAGAUUGUAAUUGCACACUUUGUUUAACCAGGAGAAACGAACCUAGUUCUCGGGGUUGACCAAUUGGCAAUUGUAUUCGAUUUAGGCUGUUUUUCCAAAUUGAUUUUGUGAGCACCAUUGACAAAGAAUUUAAUAAAUUUAAUAUUUAAAGUUUGUGAGUUCACGGCAACCAGGUAUAAUAUCAGUCAUAUUUUCGCUCGCUACUCUGGUUUUGAUAAAUGAAUGCAAAGCCCAGUCCGGCCAGUCGAACUGCAUUCACGACCCAACAUUUCCAUACUCCAGUCUAGUGUCUUCAAUCUUGACAAUGAGUGUUGUUUUGUUUUCUGCUUGUUUUAUUAACUGAUACAUGGUUUUAGGGACUGCUCAUUAUUUAUUGUACAGGGGGAGACUGAGGAGAAACUCUACAGUUAUAAUAUUUUUUCGUUGCCCCCCUCUUAAGACAAGUAAAAUUUUCAAAGCCCCCCCCCCAACAAGCAAAACAAGAACAUAAGUUUUGCCCCCCCCCGUCUAGCUCUUUAUCUUUAUUUAGAGAAACAAAAACUCUAGUUCUUUAUUUAGAGAAACAAAAAUAGAUAAUGGGGACCAAUAGACAAUUCACCAUUAUAGACUAUUUUUUAUCUUAGCAAAAAAAGUAUAUUCCCAGGAAGGGCAUUCUAAAAUUAGUAAAAUUUCUAAGUUUGGUUGAGAAAUGUUGUAAAAUGCAAAAAAAUAUAGCCUUCCAAAGUUUGCAAAUUUUGUAUACUUUUGUAUUGCAAUUUUCGCAUGCAAUACAAAAGUAUACAAAAUUUGCAAUCUUUGCAAGGUUAUAUUUUACAACAGUUCGCAACCAAACUUUGCAAUAAUUGACUUAUUUUAGUAUGCUCUUUCUAGCAAUGGUGAUUUAUUUGCAUCAAGGCCGGAUUUUGAGGGGAGGUGUGGAGAGGUGCGCACCUCCCCUGAGAUCGUUUUGCACCUCCCCUGAGAUCGUUUUGCACCUCCCCUGAGAAUUUUUGAACCUCUCCUGAAAGGUCAUGCACCUCUAAAUUAGUCUAUAAUGGGAAUUGUCUAUUUACAUGAACAUAAGAGACUUUUUAUUUGGCUUUCGUUUAUGAAUAUUAAAGUCUAUAAACAUUGUUAUUUGUUAAGUUGUUUUGUGAUACAUUUUUAAAACUUACUACUAAUGUUUUUUUUAAACUGGUAAAUCUUUUCAAAGCCCCCCUUCUUUCGUCUCUCUGUAUUUUUUCAAAGCCCCCCUUUUCAGGUUUUAAAAAAUUUGAAACCCCUCCCCCGGUUUCUCCUCAACCCCCCUGUACAAUAAAUAAUGAGCGGUCCCUUAUAUCAUACCUAAUUUAUUAAUUUUUUUAUACCUGCACAUUUUUGUGCAAGUUUAGCCGAGCAGAAGCACGCCCUGAAAUUUCACACCGUUAUAAUGUGUAACCACAAAACAGGCUACAAUUGAUAUUCAAAAAUGCCAAAACCAACAUUCACUGCACAGUACCCAGGGAAAUUUGGGUGCAGAGGACAAAAUUUGACUUUGGCCCCCUGGUGAUUCCAUCUUCUAACGCUAUGAUUAGGAGGGUCCGGAGACAUUGUCCUGGAGUUAUUUGAAAUCUGAGGUCCCCGAGAUGGUCGAAUCCUGCAUUCUGGAAGUCUGUUGACAGUUAUAUCUGUAUUUAUAUUUUACUGUAAUUUUUUAUUCUCUCCCCCCCCCACCCUUUAACUGGGGCUCCAGGCCAAAUUACCCCCUCCACCCCUCUGGGCGGCCUUGACAGCACCUGCAGUUACGACUAUCUAUAACAGCAUAGUUUCAUAACCACAUGCUUGCAGGAAAGAAAUAUUUUCGUGUUGGCAAAUGAGAGGCGGCUAUAGGCGUGACAAACCUCUAGAGGAGUUCCAGGGGCAUGCACCCACAGAAAUUGUUGUAAUCUAGGCUCUCUAAAAGGGCAUGCUCGUGGUGAAAGCAAUAUUUUACUCAUUGGGUACGCUCAUUCGUAAAGUCUUCCAUAUCUUUAUUCGCGCAGCCUUAUAUUCCCUAUGUUUAAUUGUUUCAUCCGAUUUUCAAGUGCCUGAUGAAGCUAUAAUAGAAGACAGCUCGAACUUUCGAAGGGAAUAUGAAACCUCAAGACCAAGUGAAGCUUCAAGCUCAGGUAAUUGUUUGGUUACGGUUAUAGGUUGACUAUAUAUUAGUUUGCAAUUUACGUUUCCGAUUUUAGAAGACCAUAUAUUUCUGUGUACACUUUGUAAGUACCGUGUGUGUUUUCAUCAGAAUUUUUUUCAGCAUUUUUAUUGAAUAUAAUUCAUAAAAGCUGGUAGUACCUAAGCUUUAGUUUUGAACGUGGAAAACAAAUGCACGCCCGAGCGCCACGCGCGAGCGUGAAAGAUUUUCACGCGCGAGCUUUCAAAACCUUUCCAUGCUAUGAGACUGCAUAAAAGAGACAAGUACCAUACAUUUUUGGACUGCCUAUGCGUUUACACACAACGAUUAAUCGGGACGAUUUCAGGUUUUGCCGAAUGUUAAUGACGAAUGUUGUCAGCUGACGAUGUCGUCAGAUGACGUUGACAGCGUAUUUUUCAAAUAUAAUCUUGAACUGUCUUGCCCUACAUCUGCAGUUACUAGCGGGGGUCGGGAAAAUUACAUGAGCUUUUAUACUAGGAAUAUAAAAGCGAUCACGUGACAAAAAAUAAACCAAUCAGAUGGAUUUAGUCAAAACACAGUAUAAACAAAAAAAGUAAAUCACAUUACAGAAUAUAUUAAUAAAUUAUACCGCAGAAAACACAGCAAAUGCAACAAAAUAUGCGAAACAAUUGGGGAAUAAGGUAAGAAUUAAAAGUACAAUCAAUGUCUGCUUUAGACAGGCAAAGACAGAUAGAGUUAAACGUUGGAAAAACAUUCGUUAAUCAAAUGUCUUCCAGUUUCUCCAAUAUAAAGCAUGCCACAUCGGGUCCUACUAAAUACUGCCCGGAGCGCCCGGGGACACCUGGAAGCGCCCGGAAGCGCGUGAGAAUGCCCGGGCAUUUACAAGAUAGCAUAAAUCAGUGCACGAUCCUUUUUGAGUCUCUAUGAGGCAUUAUAUUAAUGAAAAGUAGUAUUAUAGUAUCUUGUAUAUCUCCGGGCGUUCUCACGCACUCCCGAGCGCUUCCAGGCGUCCCAGGGCGCUGCGGGCAGUAUUAAGUAGGACCGAUUUGGAGAGUACCGAAUUGAGAUGUUCGCGAGUUUGAGUCAUGAGACAUCCGACAUCCAAAAAUCGAGAUUGUCCGCAUUGUCGACCAUACAUAACUUGGUCAAAACGUAAUUAAUGGUCAAAACCUGCAAGAAUAGGUGUGCCAAAAAGCCAAUAUAAAACAAUAUAAAAGCCGUCCUUUAUCCCUGACACAGGGCAUACUUUGAAACUCGGACUCUAAGAAAAUCCGGACUCGAGAAAAACCCGGACCCCAACUCGAAAAAAAUCCGGACUCGUGUUUAAAAAAACCCGGACUUGACUUUUGAAAACCCGGACUCGAAAUAGAAAAAAUCGGAUUCAAAACAAGGACUCUGUGUACGAGAAUGCAAAGGUUUUUUGGAAAGGUUUAAUAAUAAACGAUGAUUUCUUUAUAAUAAUAAUCCUGUAUAUACACGCGUAAAAACCAUAGAAAUAAUAGAUUAUCUAUUAUUUCUAUGUGUCCCCAAUUAGUAGGUUUAGUGUCCCCAAUUAGUAGGUUAUCUGUAACCGGCUAGAUGUAAAUGACACUUUGAUAAAGUUCCUAACUAACUAACUAAAAACGCACAGCUUGUAACAAGCCUGCAAACAAGUUGUUACAAAUCUGUUCACAAGCUGUCAACAAGUUGUGUUCGCACUGCUUGUUCCCACUUGUUGUAACAAGUUUGGAACAAGCUGUUAACAACUUGUAACAAGCUUGAUGGCAUUAUCAGCCUUGUUGCAAGACUAUGCUAACAAGUUUGUUACAGCCAUGAUACAACAAGGAUGUUACAAGGUUGUCAACACAAGGUUGUAACAAUCUUGUUAUAUCAAGCAUGUAACGGACUUGUCAGAACAACCUUGCAACAAGUCUGAUAAUUUCGACAAGGUUGUUACAAGUUGUCAACAAGUUGUUCCAAACUUGUUGACGGCUUGUUGGCAGACUUGUCACAAGAUGUGAGAUUUUUACGUGUGUAUCUUUAAACAAAUUUAUUGACGCCCCACGUGACGUCACAUACAAUCCAAGAAUACAACGAUGAAUCAUCGUUGUCAAUUGUAUUAAAACUUUGUAGAACGAGUUUCCUUUGUAAUUUGUAUCAUCAUGUUUUGUGAAGGCAAUGAUCAUAUAGCACCACCACCAGAACUCAAUAUCACACUCCCGACAGCGAGUGAUUUUGAUAGUGAACCAUAUGACUGUUCAAGCAAUGAGAUUCAGUCACAACUACCAACAGAUAUUCUGCUAAUAACAGCGAAUGAUCAUGAAUUCAAUGCUUGCUAUUCAUAUAUGAAACGUGUUACACGAGGUUAUUCUACGAAACUGGGAAUGGUCGAUUUUGGUCGAUUUGGUGAUCAGAAUAACGCGAAUGCGGUGAGAGUUGCAUUGAUGAAAUCUUGGCAGGGACCGACUGAGGCUGUGAUAGCAGUAGGAAAGGCCGCUGAAAUUUUACAGCCAAAAGUAGUCCUCUUUGUCGGGAUCUGUGCAAGCAUGGAACGGGCGAAGGCAAAACUUGGCGAUGUCGUGAUUUCUGCCAAACUGGCGACUUAUGAUCGUAAGAAAUUCAAGGCAGAUGGUACAGUUGAGUAUCGCGGGACUAAACCGAACGUUAGUAAACAUAUGGCUCGUCUUAUCCUCAAUGCAGCUCAUGGUUGGAAACCACCGUUAGAAGACCCGACAAGUUUAGAUGUUGAAGUUCACCAUGACGCUGUGAUGUUAAGUGGCUCGGAUUUAGUUAAUAAUCAUGAAAGACGACAACAGUUACUGAAUUCGUUCCCGGACGCACUUGGUCUUGAAACUGAGGGUGCAGGUAGGAACUUCCCGCAUCAUUCAAGCCUUCCACACCAAUUAGGCUUCGAAUGGUGUAUCAAUCUGUCAACCUGUUAAAACAAAUUCCAGAGGGGGAGGGAACUUAAAGGAAAAUGUCAAUAUAAAAUUUUUAUUUUAUCUUUUGAAAGAAUUUUUGUAACUAUAUAUUAACUUCUUUUACCGAUUGUUCAUAUCUUGCUUAGUUCUUGAAAUAAUUUCACUUGAAGUAAUGAGAUGUCCACCAUCUUGGAUAAAUUUUUGACCUCAUUAACGUUGUUUUGGUGACGUCACAAGGGAAGAAGUUAUUUCGCUGAACUCAGAAUGACAUUUCGUCAAAAUUUUUCUUCAAGAUUGCUUUAGAAACAAAUUUGGAAUAAGGUUAGGUUAGGGUUAGGGUUAGGGUAGGUCAAGGACCUUGACCUAACCCUACUCCACGUUUGUACUCGAGGAUUUGGGUUAGAGUGGGUGUUUGGAAUAGUGUUAGUGUUAGUGUUAGUGUUAGUGUUAGUAAAACCGUUGCUUUGUUACGUUUUGUCACACGGAGGCCAGCGAAAUAAUCUCUUCCUGUCACAACAGGGAUCAACCACAUAAAAGUAUUCGUUGUUAACCAAAUAUUGAUUGGUAGAUGUUUUAAAGGUUUUGAGUGAUCUUGAUAUUUCGAAGGGCAGACAGAGUAUAGUUCUGAGUGCAAAAUGAUUAGUGGUUGUCUAGAUAAAAAUAUCGCGUGACCCCUGUUGUGACGUGACAUGCAUAUCCACAAAAAUUGAAGAUGGCUGACAAUUCAUUCUUUUCGAUCAAAAUAUUUGUAGAAGUAAGCAAGAUAUGGAAAAAACGAUAAAAGAGUAUUAUAUAUAGCCCUAAAAGUUUUUUCAAAUGAGAAAAGAAAAAAUAUAUUGUCAUUUCCUUAAUGGGGGAUUUCUAGUGUCUUUAAUACUGAACAGAAAUUAACUGAGAUUUUUAACCCAAAACAUGAUUGGGCUUGAUGCGCUAUUACUGCAAAAUCGGUUAGCGUUAUGCCUAUGACAUGAAUACAUGCACGUCUACAUUUUUGUGCUUAAAUUUUAGGUCUAUACGCUGUUGCGUAUGAUCUUGGCGUAGAAUGGGCUGUAAUUAAAGCAGUGUCGGAUUUUGCUGACGGAAGUAAAGAGAAAACAAAACUUUGGCAGCCAUUUGCCAGCGCAAUGGCGGCAUCUGUUGUAUAUAAUAUGUUUCAAUAUUCUGUUGUGCUAAAAGACUGGCGUCACUACAACGCAUAA